GUUAUUGUUGUGAACAAGUUGCAAAGCGGAGUGGCUUAUUUUGAUUUUGUUUUUCCAAGUGUUGGGAAGGCGGGUGGGUUGCUGAGCAGGAGCGACCAACCAGCGCCUAUGGGAGAGACGCUUCUCCCGCCAUGUCCCUGAACCAACCCAGCAGCAGCGAUGCGUGCCUGAGCAUUGUGCACAGCCUGAUGUGCCACCGGCAGGGUGGGGAGAACGAGUCGUUCGCCAAGCGGGCCAUCGAGAGCCUGGUCAAGAAGCUGAAGGAGAAGAAGGACGAGCUGGACUCCCUCAUCACGGCCAUCACCACCAACGGCACACAUCCCAGCAAGUGCGUCACGAUCCAACGCACCCUCGAUGGCCGCCUGCAGGUGGCCGGGCGCAAAGGCUUCCCUCACGUGAUCUACUCCCGCCUGUGGCGCUGGCCGGACUUGCACAAGAACGAGCUCAAGCACGUCAAGUUCUGCCAGUUCGCCUUUGACCUCAAGUACGACAGCGUCUGUGUCAACCCCUACCACUACGAGCGGGUGGUGUCUCCGGGCAUCGGACUGAACAUCCAGAAUACAGCGCCUCCGCCGCGGCUCGUGAAAGAGGAAUUCAUUCCCGACUGCAUCCAGAUGGAGGUCCCGACUCCUCCAACGGUAGAUCACACGGGCCCUGUGAUCAAGGCUGGCCACCCUCAGGCAGAGCCCUACCAGCCCUUAUCGCCCCUGCAGCUUCCGGAACCACCCCAUCCUACUGCUGGCAUCUACCCUGCUUUGCCUUUAUCUCCCCCAGGCCCUCCUGGGGGGGCACUGCUCCCUCUCCUUCAUGGUGAGGGUCUUCUUCAGAUCUCCAGCCCCUCGCACCCCCCAGCCCCUUCUCCGGCUCCCCCGAGCUCCCAGCAAAAUGGGUGUGCCCCCAAACUGCCCUACCAGAAUUCGGCAACCAGCUGGCCAGGGAACGGCAGCACCCCAAGCUACAGCUCCGGUGGGAGGAGCCAGGAGCCCACCCCGCCUCCGCUCCCCACUCCCCAGCAGCAGCAGAACGGACGGAGUUACCCUCAGCCUCCUCUUCACCAUUCAAACCAUUACUGGCCUGCUCAUCACGGUUCGCCUCCUUACCAGUCGCCAGUAUCCAGUCACCCUGGCCCUGAGUUCUGGUGCUCAAUCGCCUAUUUCGAGAUGGACGUUCAAGUGGGCGAGAUCUUCAAGGUGCCCGCCAACUGCGCCGUGGUCACUGUCGACGGAUACGUGGACCCUUCGGGCGGCGACCGCUUCUGCCUGGGGCAGCUCUCGAACGUCCACCGCACCGACACCAGCGAGCGCGCCAGGCUGCACAUCGGGAAAGGAGUCCAGCUGCAGUGCCGUGGUGAAGGCGAUGUCUGGAUGCGGUGCCUGAGCGACCACGCCGUCUUCGUGCAGAGCUACUACCUGGACCGGGAGGCCGGGCGUGCUCCGGGGGACGCUGUGCACAAGAUCUACCCUGGCGCCUACAUCAAGGUCUUUGACCUUCGCCAGUGCCACCGCCAGAUGCACCAACAAGCAGCGACAGCGCAGGCAGCGGCGGCGGCUCAGGCGGCGGCUGUGUCGGGGAGCAUCCCUGGGCCUGGCUCCGUGGGGGGCAUCGCACCAGCUGUGGGCCUCUCGGCGGCAGCUGGCAUUGGCGUCGACGACCUCCGCCGCCUGUGCAUCCUCCGGCUGAGCUUCGUCAAGGGCUGGGGGCCGGACUACCCCCGCCAGAGCAUCAAACACACCCCCUGCUGGAUCGAAGUGCACUUGCACCGUGCCCUGCAGCUCCUGGAUGAGGUCCUCCACACCAUGCCCUUAGCUGACCCGGGCUCCAUCAACUAGAUUAAAAUGCAAGGCAAGGAAGACAGAGGGGUUCUCCCCGAUCCCGCAGCCUCUGGGGUUUGCAGAGGGCGGGGAUUGCCGCCGGCGCUGCGAAGGAGACUCUGGCCCCCAUGCUCAUGAAAGCAGUGGGGGGCAAGUUCCCUGGGGCCCCCGAAAGGACCGAGACGGCGGAAUUUGCCCUCGAACAUGCCCUGCCACCUUUCGAGGGGGUGCCGCGACUUUCUCUGUUCCCAGACCAGCGGCGGAAUGAAUGACUUCGAAGGGCGUCACCUUUCUGGCCAUCUCAAAGGACUGGUCCAUUUCUCUCCAGCUUUUCUCUUCUGGGUCGCUCCUGAGCGCCAACGACCCGGUUGCGGCUCGGCUGAGCAGCUGAGAAUCGCCGGAGAAU